UAUUUCCAAUUUCUCUUCUUCAUUCAUAACAUUCUGAUCGACCUACAAAAGUGCCUGUUCGAUUUCACAGACCCAUUCCUCGAUGCGCAUUCGCACAUCAUGAGCUUUGAGAAAAAUCCAAACGAAGAAAAUGUAUUGGAUCUCAUCGAACAGUUUUUCGAACACUAUCAGUUUCGAGACACAUUGGCAUUUUUCAAAUCCGAAUCGCGACUGUUUCAAACGGUUCCCGAACAAGACUGGAGACCGUUGAAUGAUUUUCGUCGAAAGAUGGAUAUUAUUCGAAUGUUGAACGCCGGGGAUAAGAAUGGAGUGUUCCAAGCGUUGGAAGAAAUUUUACCCGAAACUGUACUCAACACCCGGGACUAUCAACGUCUGGAAUUUGAAUUGAACUUAUACUUGACAACCACUGCUUGGGAAGAAGUUAGCUCGCAAGAACAAGCGGAAAAUUUGCAAGAAUUUCGUCGUUAUUUGGAGACCAAGGGCACACUGCUCAGUCAGAGCACUGAUUUGCUCCCCUACUACGCAUUGCCUUACGCAUCGAAUCCCAAAGAGCAUCCGGUCUACCAACAACUGUUCAAAGAACCUUGGCGAAAAUCGGUCGUGUUUCGUCUGUCUACCUUGAUCGAUUCGAUUCUGUCUCCAAAUCUGAUUGGGCCACCACGUCUGGUUAAAGUUCUAACCGAGCAUACCACGAAACGGGACAAAUUGAUGCGACAAUUGAGUACACUGAUCAGUGUAUCGGCUGACUUGUUGGACGCGUUGGAGAACAGUUUGAAGGGUAUCAAACUGGAGGAUGGCCUGAUGCAACGAAUCUAUUCCCGACUGGUUAAUAAUCAGGCUAAGGUCCCAAAACACGGAUCUGCUCUGACAAAUCGCAGUACCACAAGUCUUCGAGACUCAUUGAGAAGUAAAAAUCAAUUGGAUAUGUCAACCAAUGGAUCGACAAUGCUGACAGCCGCCUGGAAUGAGAAGAACGAGAUGCCAUUGUUCGAUUUGGAUUUUGUGAAAAUUAAAAAAGACAUGCUACACAUUGAUGAUCGCAAAAAGUGUUAUCUGUUACAAGCACUACGAUGGCAUCAUCGCGUUCGGGAAUACAUGGCCCGUUUUCUCAAUGCCCUGUCCUCUUUGUGCCGAGGACGUGCAUAUUUGGGUCAGAAUUCCACCGUGGUCAAGUUACUGAUUGCCGAAUUGAUCCGGGAGAAAGAUGAAUCAGUCACACGAGAAAAUAUGGUUGGUGCAUUGCAAAAAAUGAGUUUGCGGUGA